AUGUCCACUAGUGAGCCGGACUCGGCUGGAUCCUCUUCACAUGGACUAAGAAGGCGUACAACCCACGGUUUACUGAAGCACACGGAAGCGGCAGCUACAUCUACAGCCUCUGCCUCCGAAGCAGAAGCAGCAGUAGCUGCGUUUGCUUCGAUGAUGGAACCACCAGCCAGUAUAAUCAUGAAAGCCGCUGCAGCGGCGGCGGCGGCAGCUGCUAAGGUUGCCGCCGGAUCUGUUACCACCAAAGAGGAGCCUGACUGUGGCGAAAUGAACGAUCGUGUCGCCUCCUCGGUGGAUUCGAGUAUGGAUAGUAGCGCGCUUGCUAGCUGCCUUUCGAGUACAAUCUCGUCCUUACGUGGUUCUGGUAAUAUUGGCACAGGAAACGGCGGUGGAGGCGGAAACAUUAGUGGAGGUGAUGAUAAUUUGUCGGAUAAUUCUGAAUCUACCUCCGGGGCCACGACAACCACAACUACGUCGAGUGUGGCUGCAGCCCAACUGCUAGAAAAUCUCAAACACAAUCUCAACCACCAUAGCCACAACAAUAACAACACGAGUGCGAUCAACAACAACAACCCACUUCACGCUAACAACAACAAUGGCAACCGAAAGCUCUUUGAAUGCGAUGUCUGCAAUAUGAAGUUUUCCAACGGAGCGAACAUGCGUCGACACAAGAUGCGCCACACAGGUGUGAAGCCGUAUGAAUGCCGAGUCUGUCAAAAACGAUUCUUCCGUAAAGAUCACCUAGCGGAGCACUUUACGACGCACACAAAAACGCUACCUUACCACUGCCCAAUAUGUAAUCGGGGUUUCCAGCGACAGAUUGCGAUGCGUGCACAUUUUCAAAACGAACACGUGGGCCAGCAUGAUCUUGUAAAGACAUGUCCUUUAUGUAGCUACCGUGCAGGUACAAUGAAAUCGUUACGAGUGCACUUCUUCAAUCGACACGGCAUCGAUUUGGAUAAUCCGGGACCAGGGACACCAUCGUCACUGUUGCUUGCCCUUGAUCAACACAAUCCGGCUAACUUGUUACCGGCGGCCUUGGCAGCUAUGAACGCGGUCAAUGCCUCAUUUGGUGACGGAGGUGCGGCAGCCGCUGCUGCUGCUGCAGCUGCCGAUACGAUGCAACGAUCGAUAGAUAACGGCACACCGCCAAUGCACUUUCUUACACCUCACGUUGAGAUCUCGAUGGACAAUGCAGAUGAUGACAACAGCUUACCACUGAACUGUAGCCGCGACGGAUCCGCCAGUGUAGGAGGUUCUGUUGGAAGUCAGCAAGAGUUGCAGCAAGGAAAUCGAACACAUAAUGGAACACCUAUGAUACAUUCAAACGGUCCCAGCCCUGGCAGCAAUAAUGAUCGCAGCACACCGACAACGUCGUCCUCAUCCGCAACGAUCUCGUCUGCACUGGACAUUCAAGCAAUUGUGCGACCCUCUAACGGUGGGACACCAACUGUCGCAUCAUCUGGAUCUCCGGCCGGUUCACCUCAUUCGGCAGACUCGAAUGCUCCUUCCAGUUCCCAAUCUUCGUCCUCGUCGACGACUACCACGAUGCUUCCGACACUAGUACAAAGCUCAAGGCAUAUUAUUUUUGAUAACCCUAUUACACCAUCGAUUAGCUUAAUACCUAUCAAACAGGAACCAACAACGAACGAUGAGUACAACGAUAUUAAACCCCGAAGCAGUAGUAGCACAGAACCACCAACCUCAAACAUCAGUAAUUCAACGGAAUGUGUUACCCCUUCGUCUAGUUUGACUUCGCUGAUCAAGGUAUCGCCAUUGAAGUCAUUGUUGCGAGAAGACCUGAAACGAAGAAUCUCGGCACGUGCAACAACUCGCGCCACUCGUAACGGAAUGUUGGCUAAUAGUUCGCCUAUUCCGGCCAGCAGUCCCAUUCCGAACAGUUCAAACGUUCUUACACCCGGCGCUACUCAGGAGAGUGGCAAUGGAAGCAACAGUUCAAGCAGUUCUAGCAGUAGCUCCAGCAGCAGCUCCAGUAGCAGUAGCAGUACAGCUGCCAUUGCUGUCGCAACUACCUCAAAUGGUACCAUCACCUCCACCGGGCAGGAGACUGACCUGCUACUAUCUCUCACAUCUAAGGCGAAGCGAAACUUACAGUGUCUAUUCUGUGGCAUUGAGUUCCCAGAUCAGACGCUAUACUUCCUGCAUAAGGGAUGCCACAGCGAAAGCAACCCAUGGAAGUGUAAUAUAUGUGGAGAGCAAAUGAACAACGUGUACGAGUUCAACUCACAUUUGCUCAGUAAAAGUCAUCAAUGA